AUGGGAAGCGAAUUGAAGAAGGUAUUUAUUUCUGUUUUCUUUUCAUUUUAAAAAGGAAAUUUUUAGAGCUCCUCAUCGUCUGACAGCGAUGAUCACUCGUUCGAAUAUAUGGAAGCACUGCCAGCGUUUCAACAUGAUAUGAUGUUGACGGAUAUCAACGACGCUGGUCUCAAGCGUGUGAGUUAUUAUUAAUUUUCUCGGCAAAGGCGCGCCACUUUUGCGCAAACUUUACGCAGCUUUUGCGCAAAGUUAGCGCAGCUUCAGCUGGCUAGUUGCGCAAAAGCUGCGUAAAGUCUGCGCAAAAGCUGUCAGUUUUAAAAGUAACAAUUUCGACAUGCCUUAAAGUUUGCGCAAAAGCUGCGAGGACGCUUAGAGUUUGCGCAAAAGCUGCGAAAAUCCUUAAAGUUUGCGCAAAAUCUGUGAGGAUCCUUAAAGUUUGCGCAAAAGUGGCACGCCUUUGCCGAGUUAUUAUAUAAUUUUUUCUUGUUAUUUUUUCUUGUUAUUUCUAAUCCUUUGUGGUUUUUAGCUCGGCGACUACACUGGAAUCGAAAAUUUGAGUGCUGGAUCGUUCGCAUCGCCAGCAUUCCCUGUUGAAGGCGUUAUUUUUGGGCCAAACAAUCGUUUGAUGGUGUGCCUUAACUGCAGUCGUGCCAAGAAGCCUAGUGCGCCAAUCGUCAAAGUGUGGUUCUUGGUCGACACGGGAUCUAAUUGCACAUUCCUCGACGAGAAAACGAUUUGCAAACUCACCGGCUCCGACGCGAUUCCUUCGUCUCUUCCUGUCGCCAUUCAGGUUUAGUUUUUGUACUUUCAACUGUAUGACUAUUCUUUUAAUGAUUCAAAUUUCUCAUUUUAGGAUGAAAAGUCCGUGAUCGAAUGCAAUCUCUCACACAGCCAUUUCAAAGGCGCGAACGUGUUGGGAAUGUUGGCGAUGCUGGAUUUGGAGGCGACCAUUGAAGGCAUGAAUGGCAAACAGAAAACUUGGCGCCUUGCGAAACAGUAA